UUACCAACAACAAACAAAAAAUAAUUGCAAGGCGGCGGGCAGUUUAAUAGCGAAAUAUAAAAAUAAAUGUUUAUAGUUUGAGCACGUCCAGUUUAAAAUCGAAAACUCCAAGAUGGGAUUCGUUUUGUCGAAAUUUCGGAAGGAAAAAUCAACGGAGGAGGUUCUGGAGGCCCUGCAAGUACAGAUCAAAGACCUGGAGAAAUACAUGAUAAAUACUCAAGAGAGGAAGCGGAGCUUCGUCACGAACUUUCUAGGAAUCACAAUUGGCGCAUACAUCGUUGGUUUUGGAUUAUGGUGUUGCUUUUACUUUCCACCGACAUGGAAAGAGCGCAUCGUGUACUUGGUACCGCUGCUCCUGUUCCCCGUUAUCAUCGUCUUCAUGCGGCAGAUGUUUACGUGGUACUUUCAGCGCAAGCUCAACAAAAAUGGCGAUAAGCUGGCCCAGCUGAAGGAGAAGAAGAAAAAGAUAUUAGAGCAGGUCAUGGACAAAGAGACCUACAAGGUGGCAGUGAAUCUCCUGGAACGCUUCGGGGACAGGAAGUUAAACCAGUCGUUUAGUCGUUCCACCGCAAUGCAGCCUCAACAAACGCCACAACCUGCAGCAAGACUGCCAGGAGCCAGUACGCAGCAGAGAUUGUUGACUCCGUAUAGCAGCGUCUACCGCAACGUCAACAACAACAAUCUAAACAGCUCGACACAGUCGAUGACGUCAGCAUCUCCGAAUGUGGGCGCAGUGCAGGAACUGCGUCGGCGUACGCCUUUUCCAGUGGUAGAUCAGAACCGGUCACGCAGCGCAGUGGACCGUAUUGUAGACUUCAUUGUAGGAGACACUCCGAUCCGCUACGGCAUGAUCUGCAAAGAGUGCGAUGGCCAUAACGGUAUGCUGCCGGAGGAUGAAUAUGUUUUCACUUCAUUUCGUUGUGCCUUUUGCAAUGCUUUGAACCCAGCGCGCAAGAAGCGACCAGUGGCUCCUCGACUCUCACUAAAUCAGCAAACACCACCUUCAAACAAUCGCAUCGAUAGCUCCGGCAGCGAUUCAUCAGAUGACUACGACUCUGAUAAGGAGCAAUUGUCGUGCCGGGUUUUGUUACAAGAUGAGCCUUCGGAUGACAUUGAUAAGGAGGAUGUUGAGGCCAAUCCCAAUGUCCAAAGUGCAGCAACUGUGACCGAAAUAGGAGCAAUGGAGACUGAAACUACUGAGGCUGUAGCUGAGGAAGCUGCUGGAGUGGUCGAGGUCGACAGCAAAGCCGAAGCUGAAGAAGCUGCUGGAGCUGGCGACAGCAAAGCUGAAGAAGCAUCAAGCUCCUAAUCGAUCGCCCUCAUCAGCUUUAGGCGCGAGUUGAGCAAAGGUUUUACAUGGUUUGCUUAAUAGUUUACUAAUUUAACACUUUGUUGGUAAGAAAAAUGGAAAGAUUUACUUCUGUUAGCCUGAAUUUAAAAAAAUAUGUCAAAGUGCAGAUAUUAAACUGCCUCCUUUUUUUGCAAAUCGCA